CCUGUUUCACUUCAUCAAUCACACGCCUCCUCUCUCUCUCUUUUUUUCUCUCAAAUCUCUUCACCUUUCUCAUUUUGGUCACCACUAUUCUCUUCCAGAGGUUUCCACAAUCUCAUUGUUUCUGACCCAAAAAGAAGCACCAGUCUUUUCAUCGCAUUUCCCAGCUUUAUACAUAUAUUUCUCAAAGCAGAAUUUGAGUUCCAGCUCUUCUCUGUUGGAACUCUCUCUCUCUGUCUCUCUCUGAAGAUUUCAGUUUCAAAAACCCAGAAUCAGAAGCCUGAAUUUGACAUUGUACCCGAGUCACAGGGAGAAAUUUGAUAUUCAGCUGGGUAUAUUUGAGAAAUUGCAGAACAGGGGGCUCUGCUAUGUAUCUUCUCCGAACCUUUCUGAGAUCAUAGGGUUUAUUGGGAAUCUAAGAUUAUUGAGAUGGACAGUUCGGAGACAUAGAUUUCGUGAAUACAAGGAUCGUUUUCGUUUGAAGAAUCUGUGAUUAAGUUUUUGCAUAUUGGUUGUGUUGAAGACGGGGAUACAAUGGCUUCUCAUUUGGCCAUGUUGAUGACCAAGUUACCCAAAUUGCAAAAUCUAUCUGCUUCUGAUCACUCCUCUGUUGUCUCGUUGAACCUUUUCGUGGCACUACUUUGUGCUUGUAUUGUGAUUGGGCAUCUUCUUGAGGAGAAUCGGUGGGUGAACGAGUCAAUCACCGCCCUUUUGAUUGGGGUGUCUACUGGAGUUCUUAUUCUUCUGAUCAGUGGAGGAAAAAGUUCGCAUCUUUUAGUAUUCAGUGAAGAUCUUUUCUUUAUUUACCUUCUACCACCUAUUAUUUUUAAUGCCGGGUUUCAGGUGAAAAAGAAGCAGUUUUUCCGUAAUUUCAUUACUAUUGUAAUGUUCGGUGCUAUUGGUACAUUAGUAUCCUGCACCAUUAUAGCAUUUGGUGCUACACAAAUCUUUAAGAAAUUGGACAUUGGUUCGCUGGACAUAGGGGAUUAUCUCGCAAUUGGUGCAAUAUUUGCUGCAACGGAUUCUGUAUGCACGUUGCAGGUGCUCCAUCAGGAUGAGACUCCUUUACUGUACAGUCUUGUAUUCGGCGAGGGAGUUGUUAACGAUGCUACAUCUGUGGUGCUUUUCAAUGCUAUCCAGAGCUUUGAUCUAACACACCUUGAUUCCAGAAUCGCCUUGAAGUUUAUGGGCAACUUUUUGUAUUUGUUUUUUGCAAGCACCAUGCUAGGAGUGAUUACAGGGCUGCUAAGUGCUUUCAUUAUCAAAAAGCUUUAUUUUGCAAGGCACUCAACAGAUCGUGAGGUCGCUCUUAUGAUGCUCAUGGCAUACCUUUCAUAUAUACUGGCUGAACUAUUCUAUUUGAGUGGCAUUCUCACUGUAUUCUUUUGUGGGAUUGUGAUGUCCCAUUACACCUGGCACAAUGUGACAGAGAGUUCAAGAGUCACGACCAAGCAUGCUUUUGCAACCUUGUCAUUUGUUUGCGAGACUUUUAUCUUCCUCUAUGUUGGUAUGGAUGCCUUGGACAUUGAAAAGUGGAGAUUUGUAAGUGAUAGUCCUGGAACGUCAGUGGCAGUGAGUUCAAUACUGCUAAGUCUUGUUAUGCUUGGAAGAGCAGCUUUUGUUUUUCCUUUAUCCUUUUUCUCAAACUUAUUUAAGAAAAAUCAAAGCGAGAAAAUUAGCCUCCAGCAGCAAGUGGUAAUAUGGUGGGCUGGUCUUAUGAGAGGUGCUGUGUCUAUAGCGCUUGCUUAUAAUCAGUUUACAAGAUCUGGUCACACUCAAUUGCGAGCAAAUGCAAUCAUGAUCACUAGCACAAUAAGUGUUGUUCUUGUCAGCACAGUGGUGUUUGGUUUGAUGACGAAACCUCUUAUUAGAUUAUUGCUGCCUCAUAAACAAUUGACCAGCACAAACAGCAUUAUGUCAGACCCACCCUCUCCAAAAUCAGUCAUUGUUCCACUACUUGGGCAGGAUUCUGAAGCUGAUCUGAGCGGUCAUGAGGUGCGUCGUCCAGCCAGCAUACGUGAUCUUCUGACGACUCCAACACACACUGUACAUCGCUACUGGCGUAAGUUUGAUAAUGCUUUCAUGCGUCCAGUAUUUGGUGGUCGGGGUUUUGUUCCCUUUGUUCCCGGCUCACCAACUGAACGGAACAACACUCAAUGGCAAUGAGUCAAGCAAAAUGUGAAAAAAGUUUGUAAGUCAUGUAUAAUAUCUAGAAAUGCAGGACUUCAAUUCAGCGUGUGAUUAUUUUACGAGCUUUUGGAUUUUAUAAGCUGUGUAUAUCCCGAUAAAUUGACAGUUUGACAUUAUAGUUCUCAGUGAACUUGAGAUCUGAGAGUUCAAUGUAGUGAUAACUGUGAUAUGUAUGUUAGAGAACCAGUGUACUCCA